AUGGCCAACAAACUAUUACCCUUUCCUUCUACUUCACCACCAGCAGUAUCAGUAGUAGCAGAACAGGCACCGAGUUCAUCAGCAAUGGAAAACCAAACAUCAGAUCCACCCCAGCGACUCAGGAUGCCGUACUACACUCCAGUCAACCCUCGCCAAUUCUCCAGUUCCGCCGCCAAGAGAGAAUCCGUCAUGGCCCUAGGAUCGAUCGCACAUCUCCAGCACUACUUCGUCAGGAACGGAUUGGCUACAAAGAACAGGUCUGCUAGCCACAGGAAUAUGAUCCUUGCCGUACCCGGUCGUGACCCAAAUCAGCUGUCGGAGGAAGAUGAGGAGGUACUCCAGAACUUGCCUCCCGAACCCGCACCACCGCCGCCCAAGCCCAGCCAACCACAAUUCCCAGCGGGAAGAGCGCUACCCAAUCUUACCGACCUCGAGUCGGCCCGACAGGAGGUCAUGGCCCACCCUGCCAACAUCUCCAAUCUGGGUGGCGACCUUCAACGUCGAAUGUCUCAUCUCGAACUCUCAACCGCCGCCCGUCCUCGGAUCUCCCGCUCCACCUUCCUUGGCUCAUCUCAACGUGCAUCUUCCCCCUCUCGCAAUGAACCACCCGCGCUCAUCUCUCGUCGCUCUGCCACCGGUUUCGAUCCAUUCGCACUCUUCAAAAAACGGGCUGUCUCUGGGCCGAUGAUGUCCUACGCAAACUCGCAAACUCAAACCGCUAAGGAUGAUCCAUUGGCAAUCCUAAGAAAGAUGUCCUUGGAAGUGUUGACAUGCUUGAAGGAUAUCGAGCACAAAUUCAGGAUUCCUGGUUCAGCAACACCGAUGGAUAACCAAGAGUUUUCGAUCUUCCAAUCCUCCGAUCAGCAUCAGAGAACCAGUCCCCCUCAACAACACAGCCUGGCUGAGACAAAGAUAGUAGAGCAGGACGAAGAUAAUUCAGAAGGCUCGCUGAUCCUACCUAGUAUGAGCUGGGAGUACCGACAGGAUGUCAGUCUGGAAGAAGUGCGUAAAGAGGCACUGGUCGUCAAAGAGUGGCUAGAAUGUGUGGACGGGAUCCUUGAGGGAAUGAAGAUCAUCACUGGAAGUCGAAGGAAGAAGAGCCAUCUGGGUGUCAAAAAUCAGCCGACGAACAUGAAGAAGAAAUCGGGAAUCGUCAAAGAUCGAAACGUGUUCAAGAAGAUCAUCAACUCAUCCAAAUUCUCGACAAGCAAUAAUGCCGAGAUGAAAGUGCCGGAUAUCUCACUAGAUGAUGGGACGAUGACGGAGGAUGAGAGUUACUCAGAGAUGGAAGAUGAAGAGGAUAGCGAGGAGUUAUUGCCCGAUUGGGCCCGCAACGAUCGCUUCCUAAUCAAGUCUAGCAGAACCGAUGAUCAGGGUAAUCCGAUCGAUGGCCUGGAGAACGAUCCACUUGGGAGAUUGUUUAGCUGUCUAGUUAGUCAUCUGCCCCAUGAACUCCUCUCGCAUCUUGUCCCGCCUCAUGGGGAAUUUGGAUCGAGAAUCGGCUUCCUGGACUCCCUGUCAGAUGGAACAUUACUAUGUUUAGCGUACAACACAGUCCUCCGAAAGUCGCAGCGACCGUGGGGGUUUAUCCCUGUCGAGAGUAUCCACAACCUAGUGACGCUGACGGGCGGGAAGGGGAGUAGUGGAGGGGGAGGAAGUACGUCGAUGGUGAUGUCGCCGGAGAUGGGUAGUGAGCGGUCGUUAAGCAAGUCGAGCAUGGGCGCGAUCGACGAGCAGGAGUCGGUGGAUGGGGAGGACCGUCUCCGGAGCCCGGGCUCCUUCGGCGUCCAUUCCCGAUUCCCUACCCAUACCGGCUCGGAUUCAUCCUUUUCGACCCCCUUCUCUCCCUCGAUCUCCGGCGAUUCUGUCGCCUCUUCUUCUCACACCGCCACUCAAUCUAACCCUAACCAUCUCAAGGUCGGCCUCACGUUUCGGAGGAUGGAGAAUAUUAAGGUUUGGGCCGCGGCAUUGAAAUUACGAUACUUAAUCAAAGGCGAGAUCCCGCUACCGAAGACGAAAACAUUCGACCAAAGCACCCCGCCCAACAGCCAACCACAUGACCCAACCAGUCCCCCCAAUCCGACUAUUAUCACCGCUACCAAUACCAAUAAUAAUAGUAAUACUAGUCAUGAUUCUGGAUCUAUCGUCAAGUUCGAUCCUAAGAUGAUCGCUAAAAAGUCCGACGGUUGGGAUCUGGCGUUGGUUUAUAUGGCCUCUAAAUGGCUUGACUCGAUCAAGGCUGAGAAACGCGAAGAAGUCUUGUUUUCUAAAUGA